AUGCAACCCCGCCCCGAACCCCACCGCGUACUCCUCAUCCUCGACGCGCAGGCCGCGCUCCUCGCCGACCCCCCAGAGGGCGUCCCCGCCGCACGCGCCAUGCGCGAAAACCUCGCCCGCGUCCUCGCCGCCGCGCGCGCCGCCGCCCCACCCCCGCUCAUCGUCCACGUGCGCAACUCCGGCGACGCGGGCGAGCCCGACGCGCCAGGGUCGCCCGGGCACGAGCUCGUCCUCGACGUCGCGCCCGGCGAGCGCGUGCUCGACAAGGCGAAGAACAACGCGUUCGCGGGCACGCCGCUCGGCGCGCUCGUCCCGCAUCGCGCGGAGCUCGUCGUCGCGGGCCUGCUGAGCGACUACGCGGUCGCGGCGACGUGUCGGGCGGCGGUGGCGCGGGGGAACGAGGUGAUCCUCGUGCGCGGGGCGCAUGCGGCGUAUCAUAGGCCGGAGGCGCUGUAUGGGGGAGGUACCCUGGAGGCGUCGCGGCUGGAGACGCAGGUGGAGAACGAGCUGGAGGAGAUCGGGGUGUCGGUGUUUGAUCUGGAAGACCUGGAGGCGAUCUUCACCGAUAGGUGA